UUUGAUAAAUGCGACUGGGAAGAUGCAUGCAAAGUGUUCGAUGAAAUGCUUGAGAGGGAAGUGCAACCUACUGUGGUGACUUAAAAUAGCCUGAUUGGAUUUUUAUGCCGAAGUCAUCAUCUGGCUAAGGCGAAGAGUUUGCUUGAAGGCAUGAUUCAGAAGAGAAUACGCCCAAAUGCUGUGACAUUUGGGUUGUUAAUGAAGGGUUUAUGUUGUAAAGGAGAGUACACUGAAACAAAGAAGUUGAUGUUUGAGAGUGAUCCUGGAAAGAGAGGGAGAAUCGAUGAGGUGAAGCUUCUAUUGGGGGAUAUGAAGAGAAGGCGGAUAAAACCAGAUGUUGUGAUCUAUAACAUUAUGGUUAAUCAUCUUUGCAGUGAAGGUAGAGCCCCUGAGGGGUACAGGACACUAAGGAAAAGUUGUGAGCCAAAUGCAGCUACAUACCGUAUGAUGGUUGAUGGUUUUUGUCGUAUUGGGGAUUUUGAUUCAGCGUUGGAUAUUUUGAAUGCAAUGCUUGCAAGCAGACACUAUCCCACACCUGCAACGUUUUGUUUGGUUGAUGGGCUGAUAAAAGGAGGUAACUUGGAUCAUGCUUGCUUUGUGUUAGAGGUAAUAGGAAAGAAAAAUUUAAGCUUUGUGUCUAGUGUUUGGGAAAGUAUACUCUGUGAUCUCUGUAUUAAGGAUGGAGGGUUUUGUUGUGAAGCUUUGUUAGAACUGAUUUCUACCUAA